UACAUAUCAAAGUAUCACCACCAUUCUCGCUAUCACGAGAAGGCAACUCACCUAUUCAAAUCAGACCUCUUGUCUCAACUUCAGCUGCCUCGUUCUAUUCUGUCCCAGACUAUCCAUUAAAAUCAUUUGGGUCUGAGGGUGAAGAGCAGACAAUGCCGCCCUCUUCCAGUCAUGAAACACCACCGCUGACCAGUUCCGCCUCUCAGGAUGGUCAUGAGGUAGAGACACGCGAAGCAGAUGUUACUCCCGUGCGAGUGGAUGAGGAUAGUUUCACUCAUCUGAACUACACCGCGAUGAAGAUUCCAAGACCUCCCGGAGCGUGGACUGCUACGCCUGUCCUACUCAAACACGAUCUGAGGGUGACAUCGCCACCUCCAGUCUCCUCUGGAUUGAUUUUGACCCCAUCAUCAACAUUAUGGACGUCUCUGUCUCGAGCUAACUCUGGACUCGAGCGACGCUCAAAGCUUGAGGCCCCGGCAGGUAAUGGCCUCUUCACGCCAGUACAUCCUGCGCCGCGUACUGAAACUCUUCAUGUGCGCACCCCAGCACCCCAAGGCGCGACCACAACUCAGAUUUGGUCUAACGGGCAAUCCAAGUCUGGUUCUAUCAGAACAAAAAAGAAAAUUCUCAAAGUGCGCUUUGAUGUAACGGAUUCAGAGGCGUCAACUGUUGAAGUUGAACAGCAAGUACCACCUGUAACCGACAUGCGCAUACCUGCGCCCGACUCUCUACCCAAUGGUCAUGCAUCACGGUCGUGGAACAUCCUCCAAACAAGAAUUGACCGUUCUUCUCAAGGUGAUUCCGUAGACGAUUCGGUGUUAGCUAGGUUUGUAACUCCUGGACGCCACAUGAUACCCGCUUCUCGUACCAACGCACCAUCGUCACGUCCACAUAGAAGAGCCUUCAGCGUGAAACUUGUGGAUGCAUUCGGUCGAGAAAGGAUUGACGAACUUCCUAUACCGAUUGCGAACGGGCGUGCAGACGCGGAAGACGUAAUCCGUGCAUUGCCAUCAGCUAAAACUCGUACUCCUCGUGUCUCAAGCAAAAAUAAAAUUUGCAUUAUCGAUGCAACGGGGGAAAAAGUUCAGAAAGAUGUCCCUGAACGCUCAUCAGUCCUACAUCGUGAUCCACCUAUUUGUCGCACUACGGCCCUAGCUCAAAUACGGCAAACGCUCCAAGAAUGGGCUAGUGGGCUGAGUGAUGAAGAUAGACCUCCUGAUAAUCUCGCAUUGAGGCCGAGCUACUCAAAAGAACUCGAAGAACGUUCAAGGGCAGCGCGGCGUUCUCGGAAUCAAUUGGCUCGGACCCUUCGUAUCGAAUCGGUAAAAGAGUGUGAGCGUGACUUGAUGCACAAAUAUACCAAGGGAGCCGAAGACCGAAGCGGGCUUUUGCCGACUAUCACUGGUGAAAAUAGUUCUUUCCAUCGCCGUGAUCUGGUUUGGGUGGGAGUUCUGUUACAGAUCGUAUUCGUCCUUGCCAUGUGGUGGUUUGCACACAUUCAAGCUGGCCAUCUCUUUUGUGCCACCUAUUAUGAUCCUCUAUAUCCAGGCUUGACCCCUCGCAUCGGUGGACGUACUUGGGAGAGGUGGGCUGAACGACCUAAUGCAGAGACAUGGCCACCUACAUGAUUGUGUCGUCAACGUCACCUAAACUACCUCGUAAUGCUUGCAGCUCUGGGAGUACUUUCCCACUCUGGACAUCAGAGCGGAUUGCAUUUGCGCCAUGCAACACAAUCUAUUUGUGGAAAAAGGGUUGGUUUGAAAUCUGCGACCACUGCUCCCAUAUCCCGCUUGGUUUCAUCCUAAUCGCAACGUGAA